AAACAUAUAAAUGACUCCUACAUAAUCUGUGAACCUUCUUUCCAUGUUUCUCUGUUACCAUCCUUUUCUUUCGCUUCUAAUAAAGAACCUAUAAUAAGAUAAUUUUCUUUUAAGUUUUCUUUAACAUGACAAACGAAGCAGCUUUGAGAUCGUCAAUGGUAGGUCUUGCAUUGGUGAUGGUGUUGGUAUGGUUAUGGACACAGUCUUUAAAGAAGACGGUUGUUACCUAUGCAAUCGGUGUUUCUCUGAUCGCUGGCAUAGUCUUACCUGACUGGGACUUCUUUGAUCGGAGUUUCUCCCGGUGGACCUACCCUGUUACGGCCGAGGAAAGAGCAGCUGCUCUCUCCCGCAAAUCACAAUCUUCAAGCAGGUUUAGAGUGUACCCUAUGCGGAUGGUCGUAUACGUAACGGUGUACGGAUAUGCAGUGUAUAGGUGGUGGAUGUUCGUGACGAAAUGAAGCCAUUUUGUUCCAUCUUUCUGUGUGUUUAGCGUUGAUUAACAUAUUAUGUUAGCGGUGUUUCUUUAAAUAAAAUUUUGAAAUCUGAAUAAUAUGUCAGACCUACUGAAACCAAAAAAAAGGAAAGAGAUCCACCAUCGCACAAUGGUGUCUGUUAAAGAUAGUACAAAAACCGUAAAAUGUAUAUUGGAAGUUUUUUUGUUUU